AUGGCCGGGCCGUCCCUUUCCCACAUCCUCGAUCCUCCCCAGCCUAUCGCCCACGUCACCGGACUCGACACGUCGUCCGACUUUCCUCACCACACUGCCCUCGCUGCCGCCGUCCCCGUCUCCGUCCCCGUCUCUGUUCCUGUUCCUGGUCCCGGCACCGGAUCUGCUGGCAACUCUCUUGGCUUGACGCCUUCGCAGCCUCACGUCGUCCAUGCGCCUAUGCACGGCAAUAGCUCCGUCUCGCCCCCAUCUGUGCCUCCAGCCUCUUCUGGCGCUGGUGCCGCUCUGCGGCCGCCGCCAGACCAGACUCCCACCCGGCAUGGCACAGCCUCGUCGACUAAGAGCCACGCAGGCAACAACUUGUACGCCUGUCGCGACUGUGGACGAUCCUACUCUCGCCCAGAGCAUCUGGUCAGGCACGUCCAGACGCACACCCUCGGCCGGCGUUUCGUAUCCAAUGCUCAGACAUAUCGCCAGACGCUUGAGCAAAAUAACGCCUUACCGAAUGCCAUCAUGGAUAUGAACAGGUCACCGUUCUUUGACUUCCUGCGAGACGUGCUGUACGAGCAGCCCCUUGACGCACAGAGGAUGCCCGAUUCUCAGGGGCUCGCCGUGCUCGACUUUUGUGAUAAUGCGAAUCUGGAACUCACUGAAAUAGACUUCGGUCUUCUUGAUCAUUGGAACUUGGACGGUAUGGCCGAGGGAACAUUGCCGGCCCAGGAUGUCGUCACGCACGGAGAACACUCUGCCGAAAUUGCUCAAAUGCGCCAGAGUUUGGUCCAAGCAUGGACCGAGUCGCCAUGGCGCUGGGACCCCAAAAACAACGAUACUGGAUAUCGAGAGCAAGGCCUUCUCGCCGUACCCGCCAAGGAGAUGUCGAGCGCUCAGUUCCAGGAGAGCCGGAAGCGGCUUGAGAGGGUGGUCGCAGAGAAGCUGGAGCAACCUACGAGAGAUCGCGUUCUCGCCAUACUGCUCUCAACAUGCUACCAAAACGCAGCCACAGCCAACCGCGUUGCCGCCUCGUUCCCGACUGUUGAAGUUAUGGACACGUUGGUGCACAUCUUUCUGGCGUCACAGGCUUGCCAAGUCGACGAAUGGAUACACUUUCCGACUUUCAGAUUGAAUGAGCAAUGGCCCGAAUGGGUCGCGAUGGCCGCCGCAAUGGGAGCCUCUCUGACGCCAGUGCCUACUCUCCGCAAGUUUGGCUUCGCCGUGCAAGAAGCAGUUCGCAUUACCAUACCAGGCCGAUUUGAGGAGAACAAUACAGCCAUUCAAAGGCUGGGCCUCGUGCAAUCCCUCAUAUUGCUCCAAGAUCACGGUCUUUGGAGCGGGAAUCGACGGAAAAUGGAAAUUGCGGAAUGCCAUCUCGUUAUCCCAGUGACGAUGAUGCGUUACCGAGGGAAAUUCCAACGAUCAAAGUACCCAGUUACUGCAGUUGACGUCACUGAUGAGGGCGAGGUCCUUGAGCAGAAAUGGAAACAUUGGGUGGAAAUGGAACAAUGGAAGCGGCUCGUGUUUCAUUGUUAUAUACGCGAGGCUCAGACGUCCAUGACUACAUUGACGAAUCCGUGCCUCUCGUACUCGGAGCUCACCCUUCCGCUGCCGGAAUCGCGGGACCUCUGGUUUGCGGAGAACGCUCUUGAAUGGAAGAGGCGAUACCUGGAGAAGAACGCCGGACACCAGAAGCGACCGCCAUCGGUCGGCGACCUUUUCCACGACGUUCACCUGCUGACGCAAAACCACGCGCGGCUUGACGUACAAUACUCCAUAUCCAUCUUUCUGCACGGCUUCUGGGCACUCAUACUGGAGUAUCGACAAUUGAGCUCGGUUCACAAGACUCGGUCAUACGCGAACAGUCUGGGAGGAAACCCGAACCUGCUCCUCGACUCCCGUCACCAGGAGUUGGUAAAGGACCUGCAGAGCUUUCAGCUCAUUGCAUCUGGGUGGCGGGACAUGUCGCCACGGGAGCACUUGCUCCUCAACCUGCUCAUGAUGAACUUGCACGUGUCUCUAGACGACAUGCAGCUCUUCUCAGGCAAGGAAGGCGAGGAUCAAGCACGUCGGAUCUACCCAGUGCUGCAGCAGUGGGCAACGAGCUCGGAGUCGCGGUCUGCCGUGUGGUGCGCGGCCCAGGUCUUGCGAUACGCACGAUACUUUCCGCAAGAUCACCUCAAGGACUUUUAUGCCGUCGCUGUGCACCACGCGGCCCUGACCUUGUGGACAUAUGGCGUCGUGGUGCGGGCGUUGCGACGGCAGCGAACGGCCUCGCAGCAUCAGAGCGAAGCCAUCUACCUAGAUGGCUCUGAUUCGAUAGCGAUUCAGCGGUUCAUCGGUUUUGACCAGGGGCGGCCGCUCAUCAAUGCUCCCGCUGUUCGAGGCAUGGUGAGGGAAGCCUCGAUUCACGAUCCGCGAGCCUGCAUGGAGAUUGCGCAAGACGUGCUGCGGUCAAACUUUACUCGCGGGCAAGAGCUGCCACCUCUAGUCGAGAAUCUUUGUCAGAUCAUCCAGCAGUUGGGGGCUGCGGCUUGGGCGGUAGGGCUGGGUUGA